AACUGCAGCUGCUGGGCAAGAGAAAAAUUAGGAUUUUCCUUGGGUUUGGGGGGGUUAGAGGGUAGCGACGACUGACCAGGAGCUUGGGGCUCCAGACAUGGAAAAGACUGAUACCAUUGACUUUAGGGCUCUGGAGAAGGAGUUGCAGGCCGCACUAGCUGCUGACGAGAAAUACCGAAGAGAGAAUGCUGCCAAGUUCCGGGCUGUGGAACAGAAGGUGGCUUCCUAUGAAGAGUUCAGGGACAUUGUCCUUGCCUCACACCUGAAGCCUUUAGCGAGGAAGGACAAAAUGAGUGUCAAGAAGACAGUGCUUUGGAACUGCCAUGUGACAAGUACCACUGCCCAGACAGGUGUUACUCAGGAGGAGAGCACUUAUAUCUCCCAGAGGGGAGAUUGUCAGCCUGAGACAUCAUCAGAUUUCUACAGGGCUUGGCGCCACUACCUACAGAGUGGAGCAGAGCGUUACCAGGCCCUCCUACAGCUUGGGGCCCCCAACCUGGGCCACCUUUUCCGGGUAGAUGUGGGUUUUGGACUUCUGGGUGAACUGCUUAUGACAUUGGCAGAGAAUUUUAAGCCAGCUGACCGUGCUGCUGUACUGGAGAUCCUUCAUAGUCUAUCCAAAACUGGCCGAUUUGGCCUCAACCUGAGUCUGCUGAGCAAUGCUGAGAGAGAAAGUUGCCAAAAAUUAUUUCAGAAACUCCAAAGUAUGGAUGUUACCAGGCCCACAGAAGAAGAACUGAGCUGUAAGGGGCAGGAGCUAGAGAAAAAACACAGUGGGAAUGAUGGGGAUGAGAAACUCCUCCAGGAGCUAUCAGAGCUAUACCAAAUUGGCCAGAGAUGUUAUCUUUCUCAGAACAAACAGCAAACCUAACUAUCUAUUGGAGGUUUGUUUUUCCUAGACAGUCUUUAAUAUUGUUGGCCAUCUUGCUGCCUGACCCCAAACUUUUCAUUUUAGCUUUGUCCCUCCAGAACUGUGGCAAAAGGUUGGUGUCAUCCAAAGGUUCUUAUGAGAGCACUAGGAAACUACAAGAAAUGUUACUUCUCAUCCUUAAAACCUGCUAAGAAUGGCGCCCUUGCCCUAAGAUUAAAAUCCUCCACCCUAGUGUUUACCGCCAACCCAUGCAAGCAGAGUUUUAAAAUCUGUGAUUAAUUAUGUCCAUUAGUAUCUAUAAGGAUUUACU